AUCGUGGAGCGCAUCGACACGGAUAAGGACGGCUUCGUGAGCCACGCAGAGCUGCACCACUGGAUCAAACACCGGCAGAGGAGCUACAUCCAGGAGAACGUGGACAAGCACUGGAAGGACUACGACAAGAACCGGGACCAGCAGAUCGCCUGGGAGGAGUACAAGAACACCACCUACGGCUACUACCUGGGCGAGGAGUUCGAGGACGUGGAGGACAAGGACACCUACAGGUCCAUGCUGCGGCGGGACCAGAGGCGCUUCAGGGCGGCUGACCGGGACGGAGACGGGCUGGCCACGCGCCAGGAGUUCACCGCCUUCCUGCACCCCGAGGAGUUCGACCACAUGACGGAUGUGGUGGUGCAGGAAGGCGGUGAACUCCUGGCGCGUGGCCAGCCCGUCUCCGUCCCGGUCAGCCGCCCUGAAGCGCCUCUGGUCCCGCCGCAGCAUGGACCUGUAGGUGUCCUUGUCCUCCACGUCCUCGAACUCCUCGCCUGCAGGCAGAGCGCCGAAACUGUGGAAGACAUCGAUAAGGACGGCGAUGGGAAGAUCAAUGUGGAUGAAUACAUCGGGGACAUGUUCACACCGGAGGAGGGGGAGAGCGAGCCGGACUGGGUCCAAACCGAGAGGAAGCAUUUCUUAGAAUUCAGAGACACCAACAAGAGCUGGCUCCGCCGGGAGGCCCCGCCCACAUCAGCGGGAUCCGCUCCCACUCAUGGCUGGCUGCUCUGGUUUGUGCAGGACGGCACCCUGGACGCUGGUGAAGUGGCCCACUGGAUUCUACCGGGAGAGGUCGACCAUGCCGACAACGAGGCCAAACACCUGAUCCACGAGACGGACAGCGAUAAGGACGGGAAAAUCACCAAGAAGGAGAUUCUGGCCAACUGGAACAUGUUUGUGGGCAGUCAGGCCACCAAUUACGGGGAAGAUUUAACGAGGAGACACGAGGAGCUCUGAUGAGGUGGCGUGUGACCAGAGAAGCUUGCUGGGUUUCCUUCUGCUGUUCUGGACUGUGGGGUCAUGGGCUGAGCUGCGGCUAAAGCGGUGUCCGGCUCUCUGAGGAGCGGGCAUACGCUCGCUCCGGCAGUUCCAACCGUGUCACGCACGGCUCUGGAAGCACAGCUCACACGGGAACGCUCUCCUCGAUUCUGACUUUUAGAUUUACAUAACCACAAACAAAGGCAGGGAGGUCCUAAAGUACCACAAUUCAGGACUAAUUCAUUUGAGGUCAUCCAACUUGCACUGAUGCGUUAUCUUUACGUAGUGAACCAUGUCAACCCUCAGCCUGUCACAGGGAAGUCACACAAAGGGAAACGGGGGCAGUUUGUGAGGAAAGGGCUCUGCUACUUUUCGUGGUUUUAUUAUUAAAGUUUUGUUUUUCUAACAAUGUAUUGUGAGGCUGGUCAUUUCCUUCUGACUGUUGAACUGGGACUUUAUAUUCUUUCUGCAGGGCAGUCUGAGCUGGACACCAGCUGAUGUGCAUCCUCCUUCUCAACCUAUUGACACUGUGGAUUGCUUUAGGGGAGGCUUGUACAGCUAGAAGCGGAACUGUUCUGCGUUACUAAUAAGACACAAGUUUGACUUACAAUCUAAACUCUCUAAGUUAGAGUUUUACUGUAAGAAUUUGAACCUAAUGUCCAUUUACCUUCAUAUUAUAGAAA